UUAAUCUCUUUAUCUAUGGAAAAUUCCGAAAUUCCAAUACACACUUCCCCUCUUUCCGAUUGAAUCUCGUUUAUUUUUUUUUUGCAGUGACCAAUUUAUCUAGAUAUUUUAUAAUAAUAAUUUCAUAUUGGUUAAACAGAUCACAGUUGUGAUUAUAUUGUGUUUUUUUAAAGUUGAUUGUCCGUGUUUGGAGUAUUUUGUUGUAGGUGUGAAGCGGCAUAAGAUUUCUAAAGCAAAUUUUCUCCUAUAAAUGUCGUUUAACGUUUGUUUAUAAUGCUUACUACAGUUAUCGUUAACGGCAUUGCCAAAUUCCAUACAUCAAUUGUUAAUAGUAUCAAAAAACGUCAAUGGAACUUGGUGCCUUCUUGAUCAAUUAAGUGGACUUUUUUGCUUGGUCCUCUAAGUAACAGUGCUUCCCAAGUGUUUUUUCUUUAGUCAUUGUAAUUCGUUUGUUUUUUAUUUUGUUAAUUUUUGUUCUUUAUAAAUGAGGUUGUGAAUUCAUUAAUAUGUGUCCAUAAAGUUAUGUCGGUUCGAUUGUCUAGCGGGUGUUUACCCGCAAACAGUGAUAAGCCAACAUCUCCAUCUUCAGAAAUGGUAGAAGCUAAUGGUGGUCAACAAGUAAAUCAGCAACAACAACCAAGAAGCAAUAGUAUGGACUAUUUAAAUUUUGAAGAAAAGAGGCAAAUCAUUGCUUCAUCCUUGUCACUCACAGACUUUUUACAUACCAGUGGAACAACUACUACACCUACAUCACCUACAACUGGCAAAUAUAUAAUUGCUAAGAAACAAAAUGGUACAGCUCUUAGAACUAAUAGUUUAGGGUCUGGAACGCGUACCAGUCCUCUUCAAUUAGAUCGUAAGCAACCAAGCAAGUUUUCAGCUUUAGGUAAACUUUUUAAACCAUGGAAAUGGAAGAGGAAAAAAAAAUCUGAAAAAUUUGAAACUACAUCAAGAAAUUUAGAAAGAAAAAUCUCAAUUAGAGCAAAUCGAGAUGAAUUAAUUCAAAAAGGAAUUCUAUUUUUAGAUAGUCCUAUGGCUCAAUCUCACACGAUCUCUGAUAAUGAUAAUUCAACACAACUUAAUCAAACUUCAAGUAGUACAACUACUUGUGUUACUGUCACUCCAACUAUUGGUUCUUCUUUACUUUUUCAACAACAACAAAAUAGGUACUCCAACCAUUACAUGAGUGACUUUAACAAAGAUAUGAAGACUGAAACAGCCCAAAGUCAUUUUGAUUCAAUUAAUUCAACGACUUAUGAGCAACAGUCACAUAUUACUGAGCAGCCUAGUAGUUCAAAACCAGAAAGACCUAAUUCACUCACGGGACCUGGAGGUACACUCACUAGGCGACUAUUUUGUUAUCAUGCAGCUAAUCAAUCUCUGUUAACUGGAUCAAGUCAAUCACCAACAAGACCUCCCAACUUAUUUUUGCCAUCAGGUUGUGAAUCUCCUAAAUUGAAUUGUGAUAAAGCAUCAUCAUUAAUUAUUUCUGGGCAAAAUAAGUUUCAAAUAAGUGGUGGUGCAAAAACCAGUUAUUAUCAUUCCAGUCCUAGGAUGAUAUUUGGUCAUUCUGGACACCCUUCAUUAAUGCUUUCUGAACUUCCUGAACCUCCUAUACCUGUAUCAGAAGUAGGUCCUAUCCCUCCACCACCAAUGUUUAGUUCACCAGCUCAACAAUCUUAUUUAUAUCAACAUAAUGAUCGUCAAAAUAACUAUUCUAAUGAAAAUAAUGAUGAAGAAAUGGAUAUGAUAACUAAUGAAGAUAAUUAUGAUGAUGAUGAUGAUGAGGAUGAUGAUGAAGAAUAUGAUGAUGAAGAUGAUGAGGAUGAACAAGAAGUAGAUGACAAUGGUGAUGAUGAUUCAAAUGGUUUUAGAAUACGUAAUCGCCAUAGUUACUCUAGCCGUGUAGAACAAAUACCAGCUAAAGAACCUGUUUUUAAUGCACAACCUCUUAAAUCUGCUUUGAAGAAACCAUCAACCCCAAAUCAAAACCAACAAGAUAGAAUACAAAUAAACAGAAGAGCUCCACUUAAACCUAGGAUACGUUUUUGUGGUACUAACCAUCCAAUAGUGUUUGGUAUAUCACUACCUUGUUCAUUGCAAGAAAAUAAGGAAAACACUAGACCCAAUGAAUCAAGUGAUGAUGACAGCUCUGGUGAUGGGCCUAUAUUAUACAGAGAUGAUAAUCUUGAUAAUCGAUUAGCUGAAAAAAUUGCUAGGAAAGAUAGUUUAGCUAUAAAGUUAGCAUUACGACCAGAUCGACAAGAGCUUAUUAAUCGUAAUAUUCUUCAAGUUCAAAGUGAUAAAGAACGACAAGAAACAAAAGAAGUAAUUGGUGCUCGCCUUAUAAGGAGGUUGAGUAUGAGACCAACACAAGAAGAACUGGAAGAAAGAAAUAUUUUAAAAAAACAAACUGCAGCAGAAGAAAAAAAAUUAAAAGAAGAAAAAAAGAAAAUGCUACUUAGAAAACUGAGUUUUAGACCUACAGUUGACGAAUUAAAAGAAAAAAAAAUUAUAAGAUUCAAUGAUUAUAUAGAAGUGACACAGGCACAUGACUAUGACCGAAGGGCAGAUAAACCUUGGACACGUUUAACAACUAAAGAUAAAGCCGCUAUUAGAAAAGAACUUAAUGAAUUUAAGAGUUCGGAAAUGGAAGUUCAUCAAGAAAGUAAACAUCUUACUAGAUUUCAUCGACCAUGAAUUCACUUACAGUCACACUAUUAUUUUGUAUAUGUUUACCUAUAAUACGUUUUUCUUUAUUAAUUACUUGUUCUCAAUCAAUUUUUUCAUAAGUUGGAAAGUAAGAGCAUUCAUAUAUUGACGAGUAGUUUAUGUCCGUCCAUAAUGAUUGUGUGCAAUAUUAUUUUUCAUAGAAGCUCUAAUAUAAUGAGAUAAAUAUGUUAUACUUACAUUAUAACAUCAUAACUUCUGCUGCUUUUACAUUCCUCAUAAUUGUCCCACCUAUUUAUGUAUAAUCUUUAUGUACAUGUUUUCUUUUUAAACAUGAAAUUAAUUUGUAAUCUAUACUAUUUUAUUACCAUGUUGAAAUUAAAGGCUCAUUGUUUUGUUUGUUUUAUUAUAACAAAAAAAAAUAUUUAGAAUUAUUGUUUAAUGGAUUAUACUUAUUAAAAUUUUUUAUUUAUUUUUCACCAGAUCCUUAUUUUAUAUUAUUAAUUUAAUUUUUUUGUAUAUAGUGGUAGAUUUAUUUCUACAAAUGAUAAAAUUAUAAUAAACCUUUUCUUCCUAAACUAAUUAUUUUGUAGUAUAUAAAAUUAUACUUGUAAUACACAAAGUUUUUUUUUAA